AUGACCACUCGACCCUCUCCCGAGCGCCCGCUGCCUGCACGCACGCCCUCGACCGAGCACGAGUCCCUCAAGUACCAUCUGCUCGGCCCCUCGCUCACAAAGGCAGGCCAGGACUCGGUCGACCAGUCAAAGGUCUCGGACAUCAUAUACAACGCCUCAAAGGGCUCCAAGUUCUUCAACAAUGAAGAGGCCAAGGACAAGAACCUCACAGACAAGAUCGAGAAGAUCCUGGCCAAGAGGCGCCACCUCGAGAAGGUCGACUUGACCUCCGACUUGCGUAGAGCCGACGACUACAUCGCCGAGCUGGAGCUGGGCAGGGAUCUGACUCAGAUCAUCGUCCAUCUCGACUGUGAUGCCUUCUUUGCCGCCGUUGAGGAGCUCGAUAGACCGGAGCUCAAGGACGUUCCUUUUGCUGUGGGAAAGGGCGUCUUGACAACGUGCAACUACCACGCGAGAAAGUUUGGUUGCCGCUCGGGAAUGGCAGGCUUUGUCGCCAUGAAGCUUUGUCCACAGCUUAUUUGUGUGCCCAUGAAUUUCCAAAAGUACACGGCCAAGGCAGAGGAGGUGCGUCAGGUGCUGGCGCUGUAUGAUCCGAAUUUUGAGAGUGCCAGCUGUGACGAGGCCUAUCUCAACCUCACGGAAUACUGCAACGAGCAUCACAUGACUGCCGAGGAAGCCGUCAACCAGAUGCGUGCCGAUGUCUACGAAAAGGCCAAGAUUACCGUAUCUGCCGGUAUUGCCGCCAAUGCAAAGCUUGCUAAGAUUUGCUCCAAUAUAAACAAGCCUAACGGACAAUUCUUACUUCCUAGUAACAGACAGACCAUCAUGGAAUUCAUGGAAACACUGCCCACGCGAAAAGUCAACGGUAUUGGCCGUGUCUUUGAACGAGAGCUAGAUGCCAUAGGCGUGAAGACAUGCGGCGACAUCUACGCCCACAGAGCGUACCUGGCAAAACUCUUUGGCCAGAAGGCAUUUCAAUUCCUCAUGCAAUGCUAUCUGGGUCUUGGACGCACUGUCAUCAAACGGGCGGAAGACUAUGAGCGGAAAAGCGUUGGCACUGAAACGACCUUCAAAGAGUUGCAGUCCCCAGAUGCUCUGCGCGAGAAGCUUCGUUUCGUAGCUGAAGAGCUGGAAGGCGAUCUCAAGCGCACCGAAUACAAAGGCAGGACCCUCUGUAUCAAGAUCAAACUUCACACGUACGAAGUGCAUACACGACAAAUCACGCCGCCGUUUGCCGUCCACAAAGCAGAAGAUUUGUACAAGUAUAGUCUGCCAAUACUGGAGAAGCUCAUGAAGGAAAUCCCAAACAUGCGGUUGCGGCUGAUGGGUCUACGAGUCACACAUAUCAUCAGCACCAAGAAGCCUGGAAUCGACUUCUUUGGUCGUGCUGCCAAGGCAUCCUCAGCCACUACCAAAAAGCCGGAGCCGAAAGAAGAUGAGGAAUGGGAAACUUGGCCCGAAGAAGAAUUUGAAGAAGCUGCGAGACAGGAACGUAAUGAUGAAAUGAAUGAGCUCGAGAAGCUAUCGCAAGAACAAGAACAACAGGACAAGGAGGCCGCCCCCAACACACAGUGGCAAUGUCCCAUCUGCAACAUUCCGCAACCCCCAGACGACGCGAGUUUCAAUGCGCACAUUGACUUUUGUCUUUCUAAACAGACUAUCAAGGAAGUAGUCAAGUCUACGGCACCGUUGCCAGCCACAGGCAAGCCAUCCAGUGCGCCAAAAUCUAUGCCCAAGAAAGGGAAGCGCGGGCGGCCAAGGAACGAGACCCUACCUUCAGAGCAGGAAGCCCGUGAGAAGAGAAGAGCUUUCUUCUCACUAGGCAAUGGAUGA